CACCAUCAUCACCACAUUCAAUUACCGCUUUUGUAGCGUCAACAAACUCGAGGGAAGCGUGUACAUGUAGUCCGGGCUCCUUGGGACGUUCGGGGCAACUGACACCAGGCUUGUGUAUACACGGGUCUUCUCUCACCGGUGUGCUGUCAGUGAGAAGGCACAAGCAAAAAUAUGAGGAGGUCGCAUCUGGUCGUGGGAGGCUUGGUACUGCUGUCGGGUGUGGCAUCCGCGGAGGUGACCAGGCCCAACGAGUUCAAGAAGUGGCGCUUUGAGAAUCCUCCCCAGAUGGUGGUGUUAGGUGACUCCAACUCGGACACCGGAAGGAGGUUCAACACCCCGGCCAGCUUCCAGUUCGAGGACGAGGGGAUCGGGCCCUUCCCGUGGAAGCGGGUGUACGACGGGCCGGACAGUGACGAGAAAACGGCAGCGUACAUGCCGUUUGAAGGCUCCGUGACAAAUGGAAAAGUGUGGCCGACGUGGCUCCGUAUUCCCGACGAGCACAACUUUGCGACGAGUUCAGCGACCGCCACGGAUGCGUUCCGUUCUCGCGAGAGGUGCACCGGGUACACCGGGGAGGGGGAAGACUUCCCCACGGCGACUCUUGAAGAACAGAUCGACCGAUACUUCUACGAAAUCGUCGACGAUACGAGCACAACUACUAACGACACUCUAGACUACACCCACGUUAUUUUCAUCGGGAUAAACGAGCUGAUUAUGGCGGCAGCCGCCGUCACCCGCUACUCCAUUGGAGGAGAGGGCUACCAGGACCCCGUUGCCUUCGACAAGGUCUUCGAGGUUAAUGCCACCACCGGGUUGCCAGUAUUGGAUGAAAACGGCCUCCCAGUACCCACCUUCACGCCGAUGAUCGAGGAAGUGCUCGGCGCUUGGGAUGAGGGGAUCGCCAGGCUGAUCGGCGCUGGCGUCACCGGGAGAAUCCUCCUCGCCAACGUCGGGUCCCUCAAAGGGCUCGAUGGCAUUGCCGGUACGGAAACCGCGACUGUUUUGGACCAGAUCACCUUGGUCCUUCGCAGCGGAGCCGAACUGUUGGUGGACAAGUACGCCGGUCAAGUGCGAAUGCUGGACAUGUACACCUUGUUCGCGGCGCUUGUUGACGACGAAUCCAUCUUCUUGGAUCUCGGCUUCACUCCAGGAGAAGGAUCGCUCCUGGCCGAAACCUGCAUCCAGUUUAACUUCGUCGUGGACGACGCCGCCGAGAUCAUGGGGACCCAAGCCUUGCGCAACCCGGACUGCCAGGAGGAGUGCGCGCUCUGCGCCGACUCGACUACCCCGUGCGCGACGUGCUUGGUGGACCAACCAGCCGUCACCAAGUGCGACGACCCUUCGACCAAGAUCUUCUACGACAGCAUCCACUUCACCACGGACUUCCACCUCGUUCUCGGAGAGGCCAUCAGGCAGUGCUCCAAGGACAGCCCCAACUUCGACCGCGCCUUCGUGGGAGUCCUCUGCCCUGAGGAGCAGUGGUACGGAGCGUGA